AUGCAAGACAGUGAUGCCAGGGGGAGAUCCCCUGCUUUCCUCCGACCUCAUAAUGGGAGCAGUCACAAGUCUUCGGGGUAUGUCCUGGGGAGAAUUGCCCCUCUCCGUCCCCCACUGCCUUCGCAGAGCCAUGCUGCAGCCGAAUUUACCUCUGCAAGACAAGAAGCCCAGACAAGACUCCCAUCUUUACCAGUGGAUCAGCACCGCCGCCAGGCAGAAGCCAACAGGCAUAAAAAUACUCUAAUUUGCUUUGCCAUUUCUAGCCUUUUGCUUUUUGUUGCACUGGGGAUUUUUUUGGGAAUAGCUUCAAAAUAUGCUCCAGAUGAGAAUUGUCCCGAUCAGAAUCCUCGUCUUAAAAACUGGAACCCUGGAAAGGAUCCUGAAAAGAGAGUUUUUAUCAAAAAAGGGGAUUUGUUUCGUCUGAACUCAGAUGCUACAGUACACUCUAUAGUUAUACAGGAUGGAGGAUUACUUGUUUUUGGUGAUGAUAAAGAAGGUUCUAAAAAUAUUACGUUGAGAACUCGAUUUAUCCUGAUAAAGGAUGGUGGAAUGCUUCAUGUUGGAGCAGAGAAAUGCCGCUAUAAAUCCAAAGCAACCAUUAUUUUGUAUGGAAAGUCAAAUGAAGGUGCUGAUGUGCCAGAAUUUGGCAAAAAAUUUAUUGGUGUGGGCCCUGAAGGAACGCUGGAGUUACAUGGGCACCAGAAGUUAUCAUGGACUCUUCUGUCAAAGACUAUGUAUUUCUCAGGGCUGGCCUAUGGUCAUUAUACAUUUAAAAGAAAUUUUUCACGAGGGCUAAAUGUGAGAGUGAUUGAUCAGGACACAGCAGAGAUUUUGGAAGUGCUGAAGUUUGAUACUCAUCAAUAUUCAGAAGAAAGUUUGAAGCUCCAGAACUUACUGAAAAAUGGAAGUCCUGGUCGCAUUGUUGCUAUUGCUGUAGGAGAUUCAGCUGCUAAAAAUCUACUGGAGGAAACCAGAGUGACUAUUCAAAAUCUUCUGGGAAGUAAGUUUGUCAGAGGAUUGAGUUACAGGCAAGCCUGGGCUUUUGUUGGAGUCAUAGGUGGUGGAAAUUCUUCCUGUAAUGAAUCAGUAAGAAACUAUGAAAAUCACAGCACUGGUGGGAAAGCUCUUGCUCAGAAAGAUUUUUUCACAGUGGAUGGUCAAAAGUUUGUUGUGAGAGCCUUCAGUGAAUGGAAUGAUGGUGUCCCAAUUUCAGGUUUCCAGGUAGAAGCUGUAGGUGGAAUCAUACUAAAUCUUCUGGAUGAUGUUAGUAGUUGGGAGCCUGGAGACAGGAUUGUGGUUGCAAGCACUGACUAUUCAAUGUAUCAAACAGAGGAAUUCACCCUCCUUCCCUGCCCAGAGUGUACCAAGCAUCAAGUCAAAGUCAAAGAAAAUCCUCAGUUUCCUCAUGUAGGAGAAGUUAUUGAUGGAAUGGACAUGAGGGCAGAAGUCGGAGUUCUUACGAGGAACAUCUUAAUCAAGGGGGAGACAGAAAACACUUGCUAUCGUGAAAGGGAGUGUCAGUUCUUCAAUUACGAUACGUUUGGUGGACAUAUCAAGGUCUGAUUUUAAAGUAGCUUUCUGUCAU